CAUGUCUCCUUGAGUAAUUCAUAUCACUGAUGACUCUCCUCCAGUAAGAACGGGGUCUCGCACCUAAAUCGGGACCAACGAUCCGCCAGGUCUGCCGAGCGCCUCCUCCGUCAGCGGGAUGCUGGGAAAUUUUACUCAACGGAAGCGCAACAUCUCCGUGUCCGGGGGUGAGUCUUGGUGAACAACCGUUUUUGUUCAGGGGGCUCUAAAUAUCUCUCUUCUACCGGUACUGGCAGCCAGACAGGUGAGCCCAAGACCCUCUCGUUACCGGUACCUGUGCCAUACACGGCUCCAACUCUCUGAAUUACACCUCUCGGACCUCUAUUUAGUCCCCUCCAUCCCCCCCCUCCUCCACGCUGCCGCCGCCACCGCUAUCCUCUCACUUCCUCUUUACUCUGCUGUUUUCCGUCAUUCCUUAAUUCUGCUUUUGCUCGCACUCCAAUCAUGCCAAAGGAUAAGGAUGGGACCGUUCUGGUCUCGGUAAGUGCGGCUUGCUUGAUUCAAACUCCACCUACAGCCCGUGAAAAUCGGUUGAUUAGGAAUAAUCCUUACUGACUUUGUCGUAGAUGUCCGGGAAGUGGGUUUCCUACACUCACACAGUAACUGCCUAUUGUCAGUCAUCAUAUGCGCCGUCCAUUGAGAUCGAUCGCUAAUCACUUUUUGUUUUGUUUACGUAGGCGGAUUCCUGGGCGCGUUGAUCGUGGGAAUGUAAGGCAGUCGUGUUCAUUACAGCCGCCAACAUUCAGAAAAUUCUCAACAGCUAAAACUUUUUACCCAGGUCACUCCACUUUCACAAAAUUGUUCAGAAUGAGCACUAUGUAGGUCUUCGCUUGAGUUAUCUCCGCCAUUGCUGCUCCGGCUCGGGCCUCCCCUGUGGCCUUGUCAGUUACCGAAUAAUAAGUGUUGGGGUGGCUGAUCGUACCUUCCAACAAAACAGGGUUAUCCGGACGAAUGGUUUCCAUCAGUGUCAGCUACAAUUGGUGACAGAUAUCCUGAACGAUCGCUGUUUCAGCUCUUCAUUUGCUUAACAUCCGGUCCUCGUUUCGCCCUCGUUUUCCUAUGGUAUCUUCUUACCGCACGCCCCGGUGCUUUUGCUCCCAAGUUUGUGGCUAGCAUCGGUCUCAUCCGUUCGCUACUUUGCGGAGGCUGGGUAUACGUUACUUCUACCGACGACCAUGACUAUCACGAUAUCUUCAUGAUUUCUUACCUCGUCUUUACCCUCCCUUGGACUCUGGGCUGUCUCGCUUUGUCCCCAAUGAAUCGUACAGCAAUCAAGUAUAGAAAACUACUCGCUGGUCUUUUCUUUGGUACACUUGUACCACUGAUUUAUUUCUUUAUCCAGCACAAAGUCCACAAAGUUGCCGGAGGUAAGCAAGUGGCGCGAUUGCAACGUGGUUGGCUGGUCCCAGUUAACAGAGACUGACCAUUGCAAUAGCUUACACUAUUUAUGCUUUCUUUGAAUGGUCUCUCAUCUUAUUCGAUGUUGGUUUUGAUGCUGUUACUGCCCUAGAUUUUGAAGGAUUCGAAUUUAGAGUUGUAGAUGUCAAGGGUGUCAAUAAAGGGUAUGUUCAGUGGCUCCCGCUGUAGAUAAAUUAUAUAUCUGCUGCACUUCAAUAUAAAAGAUACCCCAUAUCAAAUGCUAGGCGAAAAAUUCAUUCUAAACAAAAUGUUUUGGCAGAAAAAAUGCGGCGCUUUCCGACGCAGUUCUCGAAAAAUCAAAGUAGGUCUCGGCCCUCCCGAACCUUGGAGGAUUUAUGGAGAGUCAUCUUCUGACAUGGAAUCAAGGGUGGAUAAGAAGCAGAUCCCACAGCAGUUUUUAACUGAAACUUACUCGUGGAGCGAUAUGCUCGACGCUCUUGCCGAUGUGUACAGCGGGGUAAGCGUCGAGAUAACCCCUUUAUUUGUCCAUUUAUACCUGGUUGCUGACACGCAAUGAUAGUUCAUGUUUUGGUCCAUCUUGACAUCGCUCGGAGUGACCAUUUGGUGUAAGUCACAAGUAAAUCGAUACAGUUUUGAGACAGGGGAGGCUUACAAAAGCCAGAUUUUCCGCUUUGGCAUAUGGGUAUCUCGGGUUACGAGGUGCUUGUCAUGGCUACAGUGUCACCAUUUUUACUAGGCAUCGGUUCAAUCCGCAGAAUAGUGGUUAGCCAUUCCCGCUACGUUUAUCUGCUAUCCCUACUUGGCCUCACAGCAUUCAUAUCCAAAGUGCCGGAAACCCGUCUCUUCUCUGUUGCGGCUGGCGUUUGGUUUACAACCCUCGCAUGGACAGGCAGCUUCUUUGCCGAAAGGGCACAGCCCGGGAGAUUGGAGGCGAAGGUUUCUGCAUUUUCGCUUGGCCUGAUCGCAUCCAGUAUUGCAAAAUUUGCCUGCCGCAGCAAUAAUCCUAUAUGGCCCAUCAUGAAUACCGAGAACGGUGGAUGGAAUAAGACUGGGCUUGUUCUUGCGGUAUUGGCGGUUCUCCGUUCGACUGGAAGAGCACCAGUUGGUGAACUCCCAUUGCCCCCCCCCAACAAAAGUGGGUCCUCGGUUUUACCAGCUGUCGGCUUGGGCGGACUUCUCUUUGGCCUCCAUUCACUGCUGUCUGAUUCCAGCACCAUGAUCACUUGGGUUUGGGAUGGAUACCCGGUCAAAGGGCCCCUUGCUGUCCCUCAUGGUGCAUAUGCCUUUGUUGCAAUGGGAGCAGGUUUCUUAAUCGGUCUCUUGCGCGAGGAUUUGGCAAGGACGUGGACAUUUUACGGCGUCGGGUGCACUGCAGCUGCUAUUUUCUAUCGCAAUUCUGGAUGGACUGGAUAUUAUGGCGCAUUGGUGCUGGCUUUGUAUCUGAUGGCUCUAGUUCCUUCAUUUAUUCAGUCAGCAACCAAACACAGCCCCGGAAAAACCUUUGGCUUAUCAUUCUUGAUUUACAAUGUAUUGGUUUUGGCACAUGUCUGGGUUGUUGCCUAUGCUUUUGUCCCCGGCGGUCCUCUACUCCGCGAGAGGACGGACCUUGUCAUGACCGUUAUGAUGUUGGCAAUCGGUGUUGGCACUUCCGCGACUACGAGCCACGGGCCAAAGAGUGCUAGGGAGUUGAGGGCGGAGGACUUCCCAAGCCGAAGACGCUUCAGAUCUUACGCUGUCUAUUCCCUCAUCGGCCUGGAGCUCUUCGCAGCAUCAGUCGCGUACAUACGUUUCCCAUCCUUCGACUACCAACCAUACCACAAAGGAGAAAAGGUACUGACCGCCGGCAUAUGGACAGUCCACUUUGCGCUCGACAAUGACAUGUGGAGCAGUGAGAGGCGUAUAAGAGAUGUUAUCAAGGAAAUGGAGGUCGAUGUUAUCGGUCUCCUUGAAUCGGACUUGCAAAGGAUUAUCAUGGGCAACCGUGACAUGACGCAAUUCCUUGCGGAAGAUCUCGGAAUGUAUGCAGACUUUGGCCCUGGGCCAAACAAGCACACAUGGGGAGCUGCCCUUCUCUCCAAAUUCCCCAUUGUCAACUCCACACAUCAUCUCCUUCCUUCGCCGGUGGGCGAGCUUGCACCCGCUAUCCUUGCGACACUAGAUAUAUACGGAGAGAUGGUAGACGUCCUAGUUUUCCAUAGUGGACAAGAGGAGGAUGUACUAGACAGGAAAUUGCAGAGUGAGGGUAUUGCAAAGCUUAUGGGCGACAGCCCAAGGCCGUUGAUCCUGCUAAGCUAUCUCGUCACGAAGCCCAAACAGGGCAAUUACAACACAUACGUCAGCGAGGCGAGUAGGAUGAAGGACAUCGACAGCAGCGAUUGGGAUAGAUGGUGCGAAUACAUCCUCUACAGGGGAUUGAAGAGAAUCGGAUACGCUAGAGUCUCGCGGAGUACGAUAACAGACACUGAGAUCCAGGUAAGGACCCCCUCGAUCAUGUUUUAGCAUUGGCAAGGCUGAUCAUCUCUGACUUAGUUGGGCAAAUUCGUCAUUGGAGAACCGGAAGGUACCGAUGAAGUAAUACCCGAGAGCGAAGUGCCGGUGGGAUAUAGAUUCCCAGGUAUGUUCAAAGGACAAGGUGUCCGAGGUCACAAGUAUCACGUAUUCAACGAGCCACGGUUAGAACAACUGCCCCCACCUCGAUUUGCGACCUAG